AUGCUCGCGCCGUCCCCAAUCCCUACGACACCUCGUUACCCCGGCUGGGUCACUGAAGUCGUUGCGCCGCUCUCCGAGUUCAUCGAUGAAGCAGCGGAUCCGAGAGCCCUAUUUGUGGAUCUACGGGAGAUCGGGGAAGGAGAGAGCGGGAGUGUGUAUGCUGCACGGGUCGUGGCAUCUUCCCGGAGUCGAAGAGGGGACCAUGCAGACUCGCCUGAGACCGAGUCCGUCGCCAUCAAGAACGUUCCGCUUGUCCCGAAUGGCUCGCCCAAGCUGAGCGACCUUCGGCGGGAAAUGAGUCUUAUGCGCGGAGUCCGUCACCAGAACGUGUUGAGUAUGCAGGAAGUGUUCGUCGACAUUGUCGAGGAUGCGCUUUGGAUCAAGAUGGAGCUCAUGGAGCGCAGCCUGGCGGAUGUUCUGUUGCUUGUCGACGAGGGCAUCGUUGUAGAAGAAAAGCCCAUAGCACUGUUCGCGAGCGAUAUGCUGCACGGUCUCAGUCACUUGCACAAACUUGGCAUAGCUCAUCGUGACUUGAGGUCUGACAACCUCCUAGUCAACAGUGCAGGUGUUGCGAAGAUCGCUGAUUUCUCAAGCGCCGUGAAGGUUUCCAAGGAGGAACCGUCACGAACCGAUACCGUUGGUGUGGUUUAUUGGCAGGCGCCUGAGGUCAGAACCCCGCCAUACAACGCGUUGAAAGUCGACGUCUGGUCGCUGGGUGCGACUGUUUGGGAGAUGGCACAGGCAGAGCCUCCAUUCUCCGACAUCGAGGACCCGCGCUUGAUCCCUCAUCGGUGGCCCUCAUUACAUCAAGCCGAAAUCUACUCACGAUCUUUCCACGAUUUCUUGCAUCUCUGCUCACAACCCAGUUCUUUACGACCAGACCCGGACGAUUUGUUGAAGACACCAUUUAUCCGCAAUGCUAGCGGCAGGCCAGCGAUUCUCAGAUUACUGUCUGCGUGCAGAGCGAUUGAGGAUCGUGCAUCACGGAGACAGAGCUCAGGCUCAAAUGGGACAGUUUCGGUGUCAUAA